AUGUACAUUCCAAACCUGUUCAGAACACCAUUCCAUCUCUUCUCUCAACAAGAAUAUUUAUCAUCAUUAUUAUUUCAAUUCUUCAAUACUUAUAACAAUGGUUGGCUCAAUCAAUGUGGUGAUUAUAGUGUCAUUUCAUCAAAUGCUCCAAACAAUGCUGAUUUUUGUGCAUGGAUUUCCUAUUUCUAUUUCAUUCUCAUCCUUGUGGCCAUUAUUGUAGUCCUAGGCAUUGUGUUUACACUCAUUUUAGGAAUAUUUUAUGUCAUGAGAAGAGUGUGUGGAUGGUGUGGUUCAGCAAAGGCAUCUCAAAAACACUAUUCAUCUCAACUUGUCAUGAUUGUGAUUUAUAUGAUUCCAUCACUGAUCAUUGUGUUGACUAGUUUGGGUGGAAUUGUAUUUACAAUUACUUAUGGAAUUGGAAGUAGUAGUGUCAUUUCCACAACAUUUCAUACAAUUUCAAUGACCAUGGAUAAAUUUACAACAAGUGCUAAUGAAAUGACAGGUGGUACUGAACUUGCCAAAGAAUUUUCUCAAAAUGUAAAUCAAUUAUUUAAAGAUUCUAUCAAUUCUACCAUCCAAGUUCAUACAUUAAUGAUGGAUUUACCAAUCUCUCUUUUACAAUCACAAUUAAGUGAUAUCAAUUCAAUAGUUUUGAAAUUACAAAAAUUGAAUGAAUUAGAACAAGAAAUCAUUUCAUCCAAUAAGAAUAUUUUAGAUACAUUGAAUUAUCCAUUUCAAUCUUUGAAUACAUCAAGUUCACAAUUGAAACACCUAUUAAUAUUUCCUGAACAAGUAUUUCAGUCCAUGAAUCAAUCCUUCUAUUCAACAUUAUAUCCUACCAUAAUGUAUCAAAUUGGAUAUGAAAUGAUGAAUCACAUAUUACCAAUUGCAAAUGCUUAUGUUUCUAUUUUAAGUAAUUUUAAUAAUACAGAGAGUAUAUUCACAUUAUUACCACGUCAGUUAGAGAGGGUCAUUGGAAAUGAUACUCUUCAAACAAAUGUAUCCAUCUUUGAAGGAGUGAGAUUGAGUGUGAUUGGAAUUGGUUUUUUAUUCAUUCUCACUCUAAAUGUCCUCUUCAUGGGUUUGAUCUAUCAAAGAAGAAAUCCAAAAAUUGUUGCCAAAUGUUCCUCCUGUUGUUCUUUGGUAUUACUCUUUUGGGUCUUUUUAUUUGUAGCUGCAAGUAUUUGUGUGUGGAUGGUAAUUGUUCCAUCUUGUCAUUCCAUGAAUACCAUGAAUACCAUGAAUACCACCACAACCACAUUGGGAGGAGGUAUUAUUGAUCUAUUGGAUCCACAGAGACUUCCCACUUCUCUUCAAAAUACAUCCUUUUCGAUGGGUUUGAACAUGACAAGAGGUUUAUUGCAAUGUCAAGAGGAUGGAAUUACCACAUGGAUGGAAGUCAUUGUGAAUGCAGUAGCAGCAACAAGAAGUAGUCGAAGUAUUGGUAGUAUUAGUAUUGGUAGUCGAAGUAUUGGUAGUAUGAUCAUGAAUAGUAGGAGUAUUGGUAGUAGUAGUAGUAGUAGUAGUAGUAGUAGCAUGAUGAAGUAUGAACAACAAUUACCAACAACAACAAUAACAACACCACCAUCAUUCCAUAGGCCCUUCUUCUUCAAAUUUGGAAACAUGCAUGCUCUCAAUCAAUACAUUGAUCAAGUGAAUUCCAUCUUUCAAAUUGCCAAUUCCACAUUAUCCACAAUGAUACCUCUAUUUGAUUCUCAAUGUCAGGAAUUCAACAAGACACAAUUACUACUCAUUCAAGACAUGUUGAAGAAUGGAAUUGAACAACCCAUGAAAGAUAUUUCCAAUCUAUUUCUAUCAAAACCAACAACAAGAACAGUUUUGGAUGAUUUGAAUGAUCUUUCCACUUAUUCCUCUCAAUUCAAUUUGAGUACUUUCAAUCAUCUCAUUCAACAAUUGAAUGCAAUCACAAAGAAUAUUACCACCCAAAGUGGUGGUGGUGGUGGUGGUGGUUCGAGUGGUGAAUCUUUUUAUUAUUAUUAUUACUACUAUGAUGUAUUGAAUAUUUCCAAAUUUUCACCCUUUGAAUAUCCUUUCAAUAGUUCUCAACAAUAUUCUGAAUUGAUGAAUGUGUAUGUGAAUCAACAUUUAUCCACAAAUAUUACUCUCUAUCAACAAUUAACAUCGAUUCAAUCUCAAUUACUACUCUACACUCAAAACAUGAUGAAUCUCACACAACAAACACUCAAAACAGUCGAAUCGGUGGUGAAUUCCACUCUUUCCAAUACAAGGAAUGGUAUGAAUCGAGUCAUUUCCAAUCUCUAUGAAAUGAAUCAAUAUUUGUUGAGAGUAAUAGUAGAGAAAGGUGAAAAUAACAUGGUGAUUGGGAAUCCAGUGAAAAAUUCCCUCCAAACAUUCACUCAAUACUUGAAAGGUGUCUUUUCCAAUGCAUUGUGUGGUUACAUGUCAAGUGCCAUGUCCUCCAUUCAAAACAAUGUAUGUCAAGUCAUGCAUGUGGGUACAAUUGGAAUGAGUGCAAGUGCCAUUCUCAUUGCAUGUUGUCUUGUCUUGUUGUAUCCUAUUGGAUUGAUUGCAUCGAAACGUUUCAAUGAAAGAUUCCAUCCAACCAAAUUAUGGUGGAACAAAUCACCACAUGGUGCUAAUGGUGCUCGUAAUGAUAUGGCCAUUCAAUUACUAGAAGAGAGAGCCAAUGAAUUGACCAUUCCAAAAAAGGAUCAUGAUGCAUUGCGUGGUUUUUCAACCACAACAACAACAAAUGGAGAUGCUAAUGCGAGUGUACCAUCAACAACAACAACAUUGACUGGAGUAUCUGAUUCGACAACGACUCAUCACUCUUCCAACAGUAGAUUCAGUUUGAUCAAAGGUUCUAAACAGAGAUAUGCUUAUUCUGGUGUUGGAGAGGGUGAUUCUGAUGAUUCUGGUGAGGAUGAGGUGAAAACUUUUCGUAAAUCAAGAAAUUCCAAGAAAUUUUAA